GUAGAGUGUUGUGAGUCUAUGAAGCACCUUAGCAGUUUCUUUCACUCUUCCUAGAAGGCCAGGUGUCACAGGAGAGCUCCGUUCUUUUGUUACAAGAAUUAAGUGGCAUCCAGAAGCGGCAGUGGAUUACCAACCUUCUGCUGAGUGGACGGCAGCACCAUUAAAAAUGUCUCUUCCUUCCUGGAAAUUCAGCAAAGAGUUAGCGUUCCCAGGCUGCUGGAUCUUUUCCAUGUCAAUGGAUAAUAUUUGAUAUGUGCCCUGUAAAUCCUGCCCUGGGACUCUGUGACCGGUGGGGUGCCUGAUGCCUGUAAUCCCCAUUCCCCGCCGGGUCCGUUCGUUCCACGGCCCCCACACGACCUGCCUGCAUUCGGCCUGUGGCCCGGUGAGGACCACUCACUUGGUGCGUACCAAGUACAACAACUUCGACAUCUAUCUCAAAUCCCGAUGGAUGUACGGAUUCAUCCGUUUCCUGCUGUACUUCAGCUGCAGCCUCUUUACCUCCAUCCUCUGGGUGGCACUCUCCAUCUUGUUUUGCCUUCAGUACCUCGGCAUCCGGAUCUUUCUGCGUUUCCAGUACAAACUCUCCAUCAUCCUCCUCUUACUGGGGCGAAGGCGAGUAGACUUCAGCCUCAUGAAUGAACUGCUCAUCUACGGAAUUCAUGUGACCAUGCUGCUAGUGGGGGGGCUGGGAUGGUGUUUCAUGGUAUUUGUGGAUAUGUAAAUAAAACAAGCGCAUGUGGGCUGAGAAGGUGACUUUUCUUCUACCACAGAAUAUGUGUCAAUAUCUUCUUUUCUUUUUUAUAGAAAUUAAUUUAUUUAUCAGUG